CCAUCGUACAGUCUGUUCUCUGCACUUCCAUCACUGUCUGGUUCGGAUCGGCCACCAAACUAGACAGAACAUACUGCAACGGACAAUCAGGUCUGCAGAGAGGAUAAUUGGGACCAACCUCCCAUUUAUCAAGAUUACAACUCUUCCUGCUUUAAGUGCAAUAUUCUGAACACAGGGGAAAAACCUGGAGUAAAAUACAAACGUAUCUGUCCUCGGUUGAGAUCGUCUUCAAAGGUACAAUGGCGAACUUCUGCUGUGGUCUGCUAACUGCCAAGAGGGAACCAGUUCCUCUGAAGAGCGUGGAGGUGGAGCUGGAGGUGAAGGACCACGUGGCCACAGUGAUCUCCACUCUGAUCUACGAGAACAAGGAGGACAAACCGCUGGAGGCCGUCUUUGUCUUCCCUCUGCCUGCAGAUGCAGCCGUGUGUCAUUUCAGUGCAAAGGUCGGACAGACGCACGUUGUUGCUGAGGUGAAGGAGAAGCAGCAGGCUCGUGAGGAGUAUGACGAUGCUUUGAGCUCCGGCCAGCAGGCCUUCCUGUUGGAGGAGAGUGACCAGAGUCCAGACAUAUUCCGUCUGAGCGUGGGCAGUCUGCCCCCGGGAGAGAGCGCCUCCAUCAGGCUGGAGUAUGUCACCGAGCUGGCUGUGCAGGCUGACGACGGUCUGAGGUUCUGUCUGCCUGCUGUUCUCAACCCUCGCUACCAACCUCCAGGUAGUGAAGGAGCCAGUGUCCAGGUGAGCUCCGUUCCAGCCUCCAUGGUGCCUUACACUCUGUCCUUUUCUGCACGAGUGUCGUCUCCUCGUCCAGUCUGGAAAGUAGAGUCCAGCAGUUCCCUGGAGCCUCUUCAGUACCUCAACCCUGAACAGACGCAGGCUACUGUGAAGUUGGCAGCAGGACACAAGUUUGACCGAGACGUUGAGCUGCUCAUUUAUUACAAAGACGCCCACCAGCCGUCUGCGGUGGUGGAGGCAGGACAGGACUCAGCCAAGCCAGGCUCUCUGAUGGGGGAGCCAGUGGUGAUGGUGAGCCUGUACCCUGAGUUCCCUCAGGCCGUGAUGUCCUCGCUCGCCUCGUGUGGGGAGUUUGUGUUCUUACUGGAUCGGUCUGGGAGCAUGAGCUGUCCCACCAGUCACAACAAGCGGGAGGAAACCCGCAUCGGCAGUGCAAAGGACACUCUGCUGCUGCUGUUGAAGAGCCUGCCUGUGGGCUGCUACUUCAAUAUCUACAGUUUCGGAUCGGACUUCAGACACAUCUUCCCGAAGAGCGAGGAGUACAGCGAGAAGAGCAUGGAGGAGGCUCUGAAGAAAGUGGAGGAGAUGGCGGCCGACAUGGGAGGAACAGAGAUCCUUCAGCCGCUCAAACACAUCUACAGCCAGCCCUGCAUUCCCAACCAACCCAGACAACUGUUUGUCUUUACUGACGGAGAGGUGUGCAACACAAAGGAAGUUAUCAAUCUGGUUAAGAAGAAUGCAGGUUCCCACAGGUGCUUCUCUUUCGGGAUUGGUGAAGGAGCCAGCUCCGCUCUUAUCAACGGGUUGGCCAAGGAGGGCGGAGGUCAUGCCGACUUCAUUACUGGAAAUGACAGGAUGCAACCAAAAGUGAUGCAGGCGUUGAGAUUUGCACUCCAGCCAGCCGUGGAAAGCAUCUCAGUCACAUGGGAUUUACCAAAGGAAGUGUCUGCCACCGUCCUCUCUCCACCCAUCACAACCAUCUUCCAGGGUCAAAGAUCACUGAUUUACGCUCAGCUAUCUGGAAAGAGUUCGGAGGCAGCAGAGGGCUGUGUGACGGUGAAGUACAGCCUGGCGGGUCAUCCCUCUCAAAACCAGCUGCACUUCAGCCUCAAACCUGCAGGAGAUACUGGGUUAACGGUCCACAGGCUGGCCGCUCGGACUCUGAUCCGUUCCCUGGAGCUCGAGGAGGGACUGUCCAGAGGACAGAAAGAUGAAGCUGUGAAGAAGAAGGUGGUGGACCUCAGUGUCCAGUCAGGAGUAAACAGUUCUUUUACUGCCUUCAUUGCUGUCAACAAAGACAACGGCCAGUCAAUUCAAGGACCUCUGGUACGCAGAGACGUUCCAACACCCAGGUCAUGGGGGUUUGCUGGAUUCAGCUCGUAUUCAGGCUCACAUGCUCAACGUAGACCUCAGUGUGCACCUCAGGUGUUAGGCUCACAAAUGGCUCUUCCUACUAUGUUCGGUGCUCUACCUACACCUCAGUGUGCACCUCAGGUGUUUUGUGGCUCACCAAUGACUGUUUAUGGAUCUAUGUGUGCACCUCAGGUUUCUCCCUCUCCUAUGUUGUGCGGGGCAGCAAACAUGCGUUUUAUGGGAGCAGCUAAUUAUCAGAUUGCAGAAGAUUAUUAUGGAAGCAUUCCGACAGCAAGAUCUAAAGAAGGAUGUCUGAGGGGGAGACUGAUAAAAAAAAGUUUAGACAUUUUUGGUGAAGCUGCUGAAACCCCUGAACCCCAGCGGCGCAGGAAAGACCCUCUGCUGCAGCUGGUGUCUCUCCAAAAGGCAUCUGGCUGCUGGAUGCUGGACGCAGCUCUGGCCUCCGUGCUGGGAAAGACCAGUAAAGAGGUGGAAAAGUCCAAGCCUGCACCGGUCAACAAGGAAGUGUGGGCAACCAUCCUGGCUCUGAUGUGGCUUCAUGCUUUUAAGACGGAUGCUAAAGUGGAGUGGGAGCUUCUGGCUCUGAAAGCUGCAUCCUGGCUUCGGGCUCAGAACGCUCCGUGUAUGACAGAGUGUGUUGCUGCUGGAAAUGCACUUUUGGGCUGUAAUGUGCAGGCGGAUGCUCUGAAGAUCUGAACUAGUCGCUGACGUGGCUUCAUCUACAACAUUGAUGACCUGAAGUGUAUUUACUCCUCCCAUCAGCCUUGUUAAUGAGUAUUGCAAUUUGUAAUAUUUACCUCUCAUCUCCAAUGUGCCUUGAUAUAUUUGCACUGCAUAAAUGUUACAACACACAAAAACCUUUGUUAUUAUAGAUUAAAACUUCCUGUAAGUGCACUCAUUUGUGUAACUGUAACAGCUAUAACGAUGGUGUUGUUGCCACUGAAGGACAACCAAAAUAAACAAAUUAAUA